AUGCAUUUGAGCAUUGCUAUUAUUGCGCUGGCUAUCGCCGCCCCGGUCGUUAUAGCCGAGGAGCUCGAUGCAAACGACGUCCCGCCAGCAUGCGCCGUAAUCUGCCGACCUAUUGUCUCUUUAACGAACAUGUGCGACAUCAAUCCAAACGAGAAGUAUGACGAUGACCACAUGGGUAAAAGGCAGCUGCUAGACGCCCGUGACGCAGACGACCCCGAUGAUCGUAUUGAAGCAGAAUGCAUUUGCAAGAACAAGAGCUUCAAUGUUCCAACUGUCAUGGCUCUCUGUGCGAGCUGCAUCGCACAGAAUGGACGCAAGACAGAAGAUAUUAACGAGAUCAUGUCGCAAUGCUCCUUCUCCUCUGUCUCUUAUGCCCCGUUGUCGACUGGCAUUGUCAGCGGCAUCCAAGUUCAAGCAACAAAGCCAGCCGGGGGAAAUACUCCGGCGCAAACAACGUCUGCUCCAGCUGCUACUAAGACAUCAGGAGCUGGCGGUGUAGGCAAGUUGGCCAACUCGGCAAUGGCUGUAGUUGGUGUAGUUGUUGCAGUUGUCGCAGCAGGUUUGCUGUGA